AUUGCGCGGCGCGACCAGGUUCAGGGGCGGGCCGCGCGGAGCCUCAUUUCCCCAAACGCAGGCGCUCGGUGGCGGUAGCCGCGGUUGUUGGCCGACUGAGUGCCGGGCAUAAGCCCCCCGCGGUGGGGGGCAGCUGGUGUGCGGAUCGCGGCGGGAGAGAGGCGCGGUAGGAACGGGUCCCCGGAGCCGUGAACCGCGGGUACGGGUGUCCUGUCCGCGCUCUCUGCCAAGCCGGCUUGCUUCCUGAUCUGUUGCUAGGGCCGCUGGACCCCGUUGCUAAGGACCCUUGAGAUCGUGAGCGCUUGGAGUGUACCCCUCCUUUCCUGGGGUAGAGGGUCAGUCGAGAGUAGCCUUCGUUAACCUUAAUUGAAACUGUUUGUUACAGGAACAACUUUUUGACCUGAAGGAAGAUAGAAAUUUAGCCAUAAAAUUCCAUCCAAAACUUCCACUGAAUUGAAACUUGUGUUGUUCCCCCUCCAGGAGCUUCUCAAAACAGAAGUCGGGCACAAUAUUAAAUACUUGUUGAAUGAUCACAGAAGUACAAUAGAGUGAAAGGGAAGCAAUGCAGAAAUCAGAGGGCUCUGGAGGUACACAGUUGAAAAACAGAGCAACAGGUAACUAUGAUCAAAGGACAUCAUCAAGCACACAGAUAAAACACAGGAAUGCAGUUCAGGGAAGCAAAUCCUCAUUGUCAACCAGUUCUCCAGAGUCUGCAAGAAAACUUCAUCCUAGACCAAGUGAUAAACUGAACCCUAAAACAAUUAAUCCGUUUGGUGAACAGUCACGAGCGCCUUCUGCAUUUGCAGCUAUUUACUCUAAAGGAGGUAUUCCUUGCAGAUUGGUACAUGGUUCAGUAAAACACAGAUUACAGUGGGAAUGUCCUCCUGAAAGUCUUUCAUUUGAUCCACUUCUUAUUACUUUAGCUGAGGGUCUGAGAGAGACUAAGCAUCCAUACACUUUUGUGUCAAAGGAGGGUUUUAGAGAAUUACUUUUGGUCAAAGGUGCUCCUGAAAAAGCUAUUCCUUUGCUACCUAGACUGAUUCCUGUGCUAAAGGCAGCUCUGGUCCAUUCGGAUGAUGAAGUGUUUGAAAGAGGAUUGAAUGCUCUAGUUCAGCUAAGUGUCGUUGUUGGUCCUUGUCUAAACGACCAUCUGAAGCAUCUGCUUACAAGCCUUUCCAAGAGAUUAAUGGACAAGAAAUUCAAAGAGCCAAUCACCAGCGCAUUACAAAAGCUAGAGCAACAUGGUGGAAGUGGGAGCCUUAGCAUCAUCAAAUCUAAAAUUCCAACAUACUGCUCCAUAUGCUGUUGAAGAAGGGAGCCAACAAAAAUUGUUUUUUCUACCUGUUGACGUGUCAAGCACUGACCACAAGAGAAUUAUGUCCUAAAAAUCAGUGGUCCUUCUGAUGGAGUUUGGAUUUCUUCUGGCAAGCACUUGAAGACAGUGGAAAGUUUUAAAGAAGAGGAGUGAAGCUACUGGCUUUGACUGGGUGAGAGAAAGAAGCAAAGGCAAAGGAAUGUCCAGCUAGGCAGAAAACUGGAUAAAAUGACGAAAAGAGAAGCUGUCUACAAAAGCAUCUAUGGUUCUGGUUUUACUCAACUGUGUUCUUAAGCACUCAAUAAAUAUUUGUUAAAAGAGUGAUUAACUGACUUCUUGGAAUCUAGAUUUCAGUACAGUCCAGGGCUUAAAAGAUAUAACAAUGAUCUCCCUUCUCCGUCUAUGACCUCUUCGUGAUCACAUUCCUUUACAUAACAAAAAUAGUUACUGAGUUUGUUAAGCUGGGAUUGCCUCAGUUUCUUAUAAUUUUACUUGUGAAGCUGAAAAAUAAAUGUUGAGAUUUUAUAGUUGAGCAACAAAAUUUACAGAUUCUUAGGGUGGGAAGACAUUUUGGAUACUGUUUAGCAUUGUAUUUACAUUGAACAAAGGUAAAAAUAGGGACUUGUAGUGACAUACUGAGGUCACCUAGUUCAUGGUAAAGUUGGCAAUGGAAUCAAGAUAUUCCUAUACCAUCUCUUAGAAAUCAAGGAUACUAGAGUAGAAAAUACCCCUAGGAUUCCUUUGGUGUGACUCCUGCAUUUUAUAGAGGAACAGCUUGAGGCUAAGAAAAGUAAACUACUCGAGGUUACAUACCUUGGUGGUGGCAGUCUAUCCACAAACUCUGAACUGUCUUAGUCCAAAGUUCUUAACCCAAUUAUAUCGAGAACACAGUGAAUAUAGCAAGUAACCCUAGAGUUCGUUCUUCAUAGUAUUUGAACAAACACACUUGAUUAUCAUGCCCCAGGUUUGUAGAAUGAAAUCAAUCUGGUUUCUUUUUCCUUUCCCACACCCCUACUCCCAUUGAAUUCAAGCACGAAGAAUAGAAUCACCUUCAUGUAUUUGAAUAUACAAUUCAUGACAUCGUUACUAUGGUAAGACAAGUUCAUAUGCGUGAAUAGUAGCUUCUGUCAAUAAGCCCUCUGUAAAUCACCCUGAAAAUUGUUAGAAAUACUGUCCUAGGACAAGAAGGAUACUCAGUGGGUGAAGUCUUUUUUAAAUUUUAUUUUAAUCUUUAUGUCUACAGAACUCAUCUGACUCAAGUGACUUGCAUACAGCGGCUGCUUAAAAAAUGUUUAUUGACAGAUUAUUCUGACUUGAGCUCAUUUGUUCAUUCAUUCAUUCAUUCAACAACUGUUUAUUAUAUGCCUAGUGUAGACAACAUAAGUGCAUUCCUACAACAUGAGCAGGAAUAGCCCAGGAAACUAUGAUUUUUAUGGGCUUUAAAAAUGUUUAGUGAACUAAAAGCUUACACACUAAAGCUUCUGUUGUAUGUGGAGUUUAAAAAGUUUUUGCGUAACCAUAUAGGCAAUAGCACCAACAAACUGUUUCCUCUCUGCUUGCCUUACAGUAGGCAUACUUUAUCCCCUGCCAACAAGAGGCUUUUGUUCAAUCCAGUUUUUUCUGACAUCCAGCUCACCAAACAAGUUGGGUUUGAUAAACUGUUUCACAAAGCAAUAGAGAAAGCUAACAGCCUGACACAAUACAAAUUGCAGAGAGUUCUGUAGAUAAGACAAAGCACUUUCCUGGAGGAAAUGGUGAGAUGUUGUGAUUUAUGGACCCAUCAAUGUUACUGUUCAUAAUGAGAAAACCUGUUGCAUUCAGACCAUCAUCCUGAAUAAAGGAUGACUCCGUGGAAGUGUAAGGAUGGCCAUCACAUGAAUUCGCCUGCCAUCAGAGAUCACAUUCUUCCUUAGGACAUUUUUCCUUUUCUGGCCUUACGUAAGAAACAAUUUGUAUGUAUGAUAUUAAUUUUUAAAAAUGCAAAGCAAAUCAUAAUUCUUUAAAAUAUUUCAUUUCCUUCAGCGAUGCCUCAUGUGGUCAGAUUUCUGCAUUCAAUUAACAUGAAUAAUGAAAUAAUUGUUAAGAGUGUAACAGUAAUUUUUUCUCAAAUCCCUAAUCCCUUUGGAUUUUGUGAUAGGAAUCCUUUGCAAAAUAGAUGUGCUCUGUUUAAGAAGAUGUUCUCUAAUGCAGAAAUGUUAUUUUUCAAAUAAAGAUAUAAUUUUAAUGUGGA